CCUUCCUUCUCUUUUCCAGCUCCCCCAACUCUCUUCCCCCGAAAAUUUCUUCCCUGAAUGCCCCUAGGGUUUAGUCCUCACAUCACUCCCAAUUCCCGCAAACCCUAAUCAAUGGACAAUCCCAUGAUCGGCUCCCUCCUCUUCCCAAACCCCUCAACCUCAACCCUGAACCUCACCAGCGACGACGACGACCACCACCCUUCCUCCGCCUCCGCCGCCGGCGCCUCCGCCUCCAAAAAGAUCUCAUCGCCAUGGCACCGGAUGAAGUGGACCGACGACGUCGUCCGCCUCCUCAUCAACCUCGUCUCCCUCGUCGGCGACGACGUCUGCCCUAACGACGCCGGCGGCAAGGCCCUCCAGAAGAAGGGCAAGUGGAAGACCGUCUCCAAGCUCAUGCUCGACAAGGGCUUCAACGUCUCGCCGCAGCAAUGCGAGGAUAAGUUCAACGAUCUCAAUAAAAGGUACAAGAGAUUGAAUGAAAUUCUCGGUCGAGGAACCACUUGCCAAGUUGUUGAAAACCCUAACUUGCUCGAUUCAAUGCAUCACGUCUCGGAAAAGGCGAAGGAGGAUGUGAGAAAGAUUCUGAGCUCGAAGCAUUUGUUUUAUAGAGAAAUGUGUGCUUAUCACAAUGGGCAGCGGAUACCUAAUUCAAGGGAGUUGGAGCCAAAGGGAAAUGGGGUUGAGGACGACGAACAUGAUCAUGACUUGAAGGAUUCUGAUGAGGGAGAAGAGGAUGAGGAGGAUGAUGAUGGUGGUUUUGGGAAAUUUGGGAUCGAGAAUUUUGGGAUUGAGAUUGAUGCGUUUUCUCCAGGGCAAAAGAGGGAGUGGCUGAGGAAGAGGGCAUUGCAGUUGAUAGAGGAGAGGGUGGCGAUUGAGGCAGAGGGGUUUGCUUUGGCAAAGAGGAGGGCGAAGUGGGAAAGGUUUAAGAGGAAGAAGGAUUGGGAGAUGGAGAGGGAGAGGAUGGAGAAUGAGAGGCUGAGGAUUGAGAGUGAGAGGAUGGCAUUGGAGGUGAGGAAGAAGGAGAUGGAGUUGGAUAUGAUGGAUGGUGAACAUGGAAGAGCAUAGCAAGAUCUCAAUCCUCCUCUUUCUUAAUGAUUGUUUAGUUUUAGUUCUGAAUUGGUUCUUGUUGUAGAAUUUUGUUGUGCAUAGUUGAGGGAAGUGAGUUGGUGUUGUAGUUUACUGACUUAGUUAUUACCAUGUUAAUGUGGCUGUAAUUUUCUCAAAUAAUAUGGUUUGACCUUGAAAUAGAAUGUGGUUUUAGGGCUUAAACAUUGCAUCUUAUUUAAGAAGGAUAUUGCAGGAGA